GGUAAACUCUUUACAGCACUUGAAACAACACCCCAACUCUUCGUAAAUAGUAUACAGCAUAUUUGGAUGUGCAUCAUAAAUUCUCUACAUCACAGUAAGAGCUACCAGCCAAAAUGAGAUUAGCCCUGCAAACUGUCAUCUGCUGCUGUGUUUUCACCACUGUCCUGCCACUGGUGAAAGGUGCCACAGAGGAUCUCAACACUGGCCUGAAAAAAAGGUUUAGAGUAUGGAUGCAGAGCCGUAUGAAGAGAGACCUGAGCAACAACUUAAUGACAGCCCGUGAGCAGCACCCUGACAUCCAUGUCGAACAACACCAGGAUGGGAAUGAAAAAAUUGUCGCACCUCCGUCAAGCUUUGGAGUUAAAAUCAGAGCCAAAAGGUUAACAUCAUCCAAAUCAUCUGGCUGUGCCCUGGUCACAUGUGCAUACCAGGACCUGCUGCACCGACUGAGCAAGUAUAACAACAGGAACACAGACACCAAUGCCCCCGAGAACAAAAUUGGUUCAAAAGGCUACGGACGCCGACGCCGCUCACUCCAGGAUGUCAUUCAACUUGUUCUCCAGACAGGAAGACAAAGACGGAGCACUGAAGCUGGUCAGCAACUCUGCAGUCACAAAUGCCCAGGCACAGUGGCUUAAGACAGGAAUGGAAAGGCAAAGGAGAAUCCUUGUUGGGUUAUUUGCUCACCGCAGAUGAAGAUAAGUCCCCUCAGAGGUUUGAUUCCACAGAUUUACAACUAGAUGUACAGCAAAAAAGACUGCUACAUCUGUACAGUCCUUCACAGGAAGACUUGCUCAGGUCACUCUGGAUGAAAGCAAGAUUCCAAUAACAGAUACUGUUUGUUCAUGCUUAGGCACAGGUUUCAGUUUGUCUGAACAAGUGUAUGAUUUAUGGAUGAAUUCAGGUCAGGUCUGUGCGACUUGACAAGAAUAUGUGUUUCUUCUUCAGCUUCCAAAGACAGUUUGGCAGCUAAUAUAGAAGACAAUCCCUGAAGAUCUUCUCUGACAUACCCGUGAACUGAGGAGGAACUGAGGCUGCGAUGGAGGAGGAUUUUUUUUUUCCUCCAAGAAACUGACAUUACUGGAACCCCAAAACUGCAACAAGCAUGAUCCUUUCACAAGUGAAAUGAAUGUAAUGAACUGCUUGUGAAGUGCAAUUUAUACACUAUUUAGAUAGUUCAAAAUAUGUAACUAUCAGCUUGUAUAUACAGAUAUAUAAAGCUGCCUUAUAUUUAAGCAUAUAACACAGGUAUAUUUUUAUACAACAAAAAUACAUAUAAAACAUGUCUUUUUCAACUUCAGUGAAGUAUAAGUAUCUUAACAGUGCAAGUAAUUAUCUUGUGUAUUCUUGAUAUUAAUUAAGUCUCCUAUGACAGAGUUAUGUGUUAUAUCAAUUGCCAAGACAUUAUUGUGGUGAUUACGCCUGAUUGGAAAAAAUAAUUAUAUUAUUAGAUUUGGUGCAGACAUUUGUCAUACAGUUUUUUGCAGGAGUUAUGGAAAGUGCUUUUGGUAUUUUUGGUAUGAAGUAGAAAGACGGAUGUUCUCAUAAAAGUGUUGUGCUGCCAUCUAGCUUCACUGAGGAGACAUAUAACAAGUACAGGCCAAGUUGUUUCAAAAAUGAAAUGUAGCUUCAACAAAGCACUUCCUGUUGUUAUGCCAAAUGUUUAAUCUUAAAAACCUUUAUCUGCUUCUUCAUUUGAAUGUAAUAAAUCGUAUUCAUAAUUCAGCUGAAAUUACUUGACAUUGUUUUUGAAUUAAAUGAAUUAAUGCAACAA